GAGAAACAAAUUUCACAUCACUGUGGAACAUUACUAUGGAAGAAAGAAAGCAGAAAAAAAGCGAAUUCAGGCAGGCAUGGGACGCAUGCAGAGAAGUUCCAGUUAUUCAAGAUGAACAAAAAAUCCGAAAACGCCUGAGUUUUAUGAAAUGGUUCUGUUGUAGCAUGGUUGGUACACUGGUCUUUGUUCUUACAGUACUGAGUAAGACAUCCUUUCUGAUUUUGGUAACACUUGCAAGCAACGUGACUAUGAGUGCUCCUAUAGGACAAAAAUCGAGCGCUAUGCUGAGUAUCGGCUGUGUGUUGGUUGGACCAAAUAUUCUGCUUCUGCUCAAGAGUCUAUGGAAGUUCAUUUUCAAAAGUGCAAUAAGACCAUCAAUUAAAACAAUCAUUUGGGUGUUGUUUGUUGAGUUUUUGGUGUCACUUGGAGAAGCGGUACUUACAGUGGUGGCCAUGCCACAUUUUGACAUUGUCACCAAUGUGAUGAUCUUGAACAGCGUAAGCAUCCUGUCAGCAGUAUUCCAGGUAGUCGAUCAGUGUCGUGCAAGAUGUAAACGGGAAGAUGUUCCACACAAACCCAAGUCCUGCAAAGUGGAAUGUGGAAAGUGGUUCAGACCAAUUACUGCAAUCAUCUUCAUUAUUCUGGGCUAUAGCCUCUUCAUAAUAAGCUACUUAGUAACAGAAGAAAGCCCCUUGCAAGUAAAAAGAUCUGUGUAUCUGGCCAUUGUAGGAACCAUUUUUGUUUCAUUUAACUGGUGGGAGAAUUACAGCAGUAUGUUUCCAUUUUUGAAAGACAUCUCCAAGGACAUAGCCAAUUCCCAGAAUGUGGUUUGCAUUCUGUCCAGUGUGAUGAAAAUACUGGUCACUGCAGCUGUGCUUGGAGCUAUUGGAAUUGGAGAUCCUUUAGACUGGACUUCCCUACGCUUGACCCCCACAUGUGUGAGCAAUACCAUCUUUGGUUUGAUGGGAAUCCAGAUUGUUUCUUCUGCAAUGUGCCGUUGGUUUGUUGUGGUGGCUUGCAAGAUGCAUGCCCUGCGUCGCUGUUUUGUCGUGCCCAUGUACUUGUCCUCUGUGGUUGUUCUGCUUCUGUGCCUGAGUCCACUUGCCAUUUUCAAACAGAAGUCUAAAUCAAACAUGAGUUUUUGUAUGAACCAGACCAUUAACACUAUUUCACUUAAUUCACUGAUGUAUGACAUCACAUAUACACUUUCCUCACGGCGUAUUGUGUCAGAAAUGAAUGUUGUAGGAUUGGUGGUUCUUGGCAUGUGUGCCCUUAGCUGGUGGCUGGGACUCAUACUAAGCACUGGUUACAUCUGGUUUCUGAAGAUCCAGCGCAUCGAGAGAACUCACGACCUAUUUGUAAAGCGGAUGUAUGAGGGAGCAUUUCUGGAACAGUCCAUGUUGCUCAACACACGUUUUGUGGCCAGGGAGAAAAAGAAUGAUGAAGGAUCAAAAGGCCCUGUGACAGUCUAUUUAUGUGCAACAAUGUGGCAUGAGACAUAUGAUGAAAUGAUGAAAAUAAUCAUCUCAAUGUUCAGGCUCGACAAAUUUCGUCCAAAAACGAACAACCACAAUGAUGCUUCCUUCGAGUUCCAUAUUUAUUUUGACGAUGCUUUUAAGGAUGUGCAGAAUGGCACUAUGCGACAUGUAAACGAAUAUGCUGAGAUCCUAGUGGACGUAAUCAAAGAAGUAUACACAAUUUUUAGUGACGACGACCUGUGUAUAUUCAAGAAGAAGCCCCGUCUCCCUCAGCAGAAGAUCAUUAGCACACCGUAUGGAGGUCGUCUGGAGUACACACUUCCUAAAGGCAACAUAAUGAUGGUUCACCUCAAGGACAAACAGCUGAUACGACACAAAAAGAGAUGGUCCCAGAUCAUGUAUUUAUACUACAUUCUUGGCUGGAGACUCAACAGCAAGUACUUGAAGAUGUUUGAGAUGUUUGGACAUGUGGAUAAACUGAGGAACAACCUAAAGAAAGAGAAAGAAAACACAUACAUCUUGGCCCUGGAUGGAGACACAGAUUUCCAGCCCUCUGCUGUGAUGUUACUGAUUGACAGACUUAAACUUUACCCGGAGGUGGGAGCUGCCUGCGGCCGGAUUCACCCCACUGGCACUGGGCCCAUGGUGUGGUAUCAGAAAUUUGAGUAUGCAGUGGGCCACUGGCUGCAGAAGACGGCAGAGCAUGUGUUUGGCUGUGUGCUCUGUAGCCCAGGUUGCUUUAGUCUCUUCAGAGGUGCUGCCCUCAUGGACGAUAAUGUCAUGAAGAGAUACACCACCAAACCAACAGAAGCCAGUCACCAUAUACAGUACGACCAAGGAGAGGACCGCUGGCUCUGCACUCUCUUACUGCAGCAGGGCUGGAGGGUGGAGUAUAAUGCUGCAUCAGACGCCUACACCAACGCACCACAGGACUUCAAAGAGUUCUACAACCAGCGGCGGCGCUGGGGACCCUCCACCAUGGCCAACACCAUUGACCUGCUCGGCUCUGGGGGCCUGACCACUCAGCAGAACAGCUCCAUCUCUAAACCUUACAUCAUUUACCAGGUCAUCAGCAUGGGUGCCUCCAUUUUGGGCCCUGCCACCAUCUGCCUGAUGAUAGCAGGAAGCUUCACUUUCAUAAUGAAUAUGGAACAAAAUGCUGCUCUCAUUGCAGCCACAGUGCCUCCAACGAUCUACGUGGCACUGUGCUUCAAGGUGAAAGCUGAAAUACAGAUCCAGAUAGCAGCAGUCAUGAGUGUUCUGUAUGCGUUCCUCAUGACUGGAACGAUUCUCUCCAUCAUAGGUGACAUAGUAAAAAAUCAGACAUUUAUGACCCCCAGUGGCCUGUUUCUGAUUAGCAUGACUCUACUGUACUUCAUCACAGCAGCUCUUCACCCUCAGGAGUUUUCCCUGGUCAUCUAUGGGGUAUUGUAUUUCCUCUGUAUACCCAGUGGCUAUCUCCUGCUUUCUAUUUACUCCAUUGUGAAUAUGAACAAUGUCUCAUGGGGGACACGAGAGACUGGUGGUAAAGUGGAAACUGUAGCGGUGAGUGCCAUCAAGAGGCAGGUCAUACAGGCUGCAUGCUGUAAAUGCCCCUGCUGGAAUAACAGUGACACUACAAGUGUAAAUGAACCACCAACGAAAUCCACAGUAUCUGAGGAGGGAGAUCUUAAGGUCCACAUGGAUUCUGAAGAAACUGAGAGGUCAAAUGAAUGCAUCACACCACAAACUCAGCGAAGCUGGAUCGAAGAUCUGCAAGUAAAAUCUCAUGAUUUUCCACUUCACCAGGACACACUCUCAGAGGAUGAAACUGAGUUUUGGAAAGAACUGCAGAAACGGUAUUUAGAACCUCUUAAAGAGAACAAAGAGCAACAGGAAAAAGUAGCAGAAGAGCUCAAAGGCCUUAGAAACAAGGUGGCAUUUGUAUUCUUUAUCUGCAAUGCUCUUUGGUUGAUGGCUACCUUCUUCCUCCAAACCAUUGGCAAGCCUGUCACCCUGAGUAUUCCAAAAAUGUAUCCAAAUGGGAUUGUGGCAAAAGACGAAACAUUUUCUGUUGAUCCAAUAUCACUGAUGUUUCUUCUGAGCUUUACAUUGCUACUAUUUAUGCAAUUUUUCGCCAUGCUUUAUCACAGGUAACUAAACCUACUUUAACUAACAUUAUUAUACUGCAUAUGAAUUAAACAUACAAUGUAUGGGUAACACUCCCAUAAUUAAUUAAAGUAUGCACAGUAUUAAUGUGUAAUUUUAUUAUUGACCUUUUAUGGGGGGGGUUUUAUGCUAGAUUUAAUGCUAGAAUUUUCAGGUGGUCCAUGUCAUUCUGAAUGAUAUUUUUCUAUCUGUAAAUACAACUGAGAAGUAGUAGUGAAAUGACAGUAUUUAUGUAGCAUUGCAAAAUCUAUUGAUAAUGCAUGGAAUGCAAUGGCCCAAUCGUUUAAAUUUAGUCUUGUGUGAGUACAAUACAUUAUUUAACUGAAUUUUUUCAAAAGUGAAAAUUUAUUGGCAUGUAGCUUAUAAAAGAAAAGAAAAGUAAGCUAAAUACUUUCCACAAUAGUCUAGCAGUACAAUAGCAGUUGACUGUGUGUGUUUAUGUAAAAUUUAUCAAUAGAUAUAUAAUAGAAUGUUACACAUGUGUAGUACUGCCAGGACAGGUUCGUUCAAAACUCAUAGAGCAUUGACCUUUGCUGGUUUCCUUGCCUGGUACAAUGUAGCACAUGGGUAGCCUAUAAAAGGUUCCACAAGGUUGUGCUCAUCAUCUUGCUUUUCUCAUCAGCCUAAGUGAGCCAGGUAGGCUCUCUCAGUUGUAGAAACACAGUUACAUAUGAAAACUUCCAUUAUACUUCUUUAUGGUCUGGACUUCCAGGGCUAUUUCCUUCUGAAGUAGAAUAUGCCUGCAUUAUCACUUCAUUUACUCAGUUGGCCAACUAAUCUUUAGAGAGUAAAGCACCGUUAUGAUGCUCCCUAAAACAACCAAACUGAAGAUAGCUGGCAACCACUUCCACUGUAAACAGUGGUACAUUCUGCAUGUCCUCUGGGCAUUAUCUCCAAAUGUGCCACCAGAUUAGAAAUACAAUUUACACUUUACAAAUUAGCAUACAUUUCCCAAACCAGUGUGUCAGUUUGUAUAUAUUUGGGUUGCCAGUAUGCUUGCCCUUUUUUCAGGUUGCAGUUUUAAUACAUAUAUAAAAGCUCUUUAAUGAAACGAGUAAAUUGUGGAAACGACCAGUCACUUGCUUGGGUACUGCAGUACUUAGGCAUUUGCUUAGCUGUAUUGAAUGGAGGAUCCUAUGGCAGUCUUAACAACAGCCUGCAGCAUAUUUUCUGCAACUGCUCCAGUGCACUACUGUAUUACACUCUGAUCUUCAGAAUGCUUUAGUUCUAGUGCAUGCGUUGAUCAUGUUCAUCAUGAAUCUACAUCAAGGUCUGGCAGAACAAACAGCUCGCCAUCCUCGCCUGAAAAACAAGAGGUUACGAUCUUGUGAUGAAUCAAUUACAUAAUUAUGAAUCACAUAAUGAGGUUAUAUGGCUAGUUAUACUGUGUACGCAGUGCUCAUUCUGCUACAUGCUGACACAAACAAUAGGCCAUGUGUCUGUUUUAAUAACACGGUUAACUGUGCAAAAAUCAUAAGAAAUCAAAUGCAAUAGCAAAAUUAGACUUAAUAGCAAGAAACAAAGAAUUAGAACAUUAUACUCAGUGUCUUUAUCAACUCCUUGGCAAGUUAUGAAUGGAAAAGAGGAUGAGUAUGAUACAGCAGGGACACUUCAUAGGCUUCCAAUGUGGGAUCAUUUUGCUAUUUGUACUCAGCAGUGAAACAAGCAAAUGGGAAAAUGCCACUAGAUCAGCAGGAAAUCACCCUGGCUGUUCUGAACUUAUAGAAUUCAGUAGAAUAUAAUUGACUGUACUAGGUUGUAGGUUCCAGCCCAUCCAGUUUUUUUCUGAUUUGAUUGUUGUUGUUGUUUUUUAGAAUCUACACAUUAAUCCAUUUUGUGGCCUACAUUGACACUGAAAUUAAAACUGUCAAUAGGAAAUAAUCAGUUGAAUCUAGUCAUGAUAAAACGGUUCUUGAAUCUUCACAAACUAAUGAUCAGUCUGGCACACCACUGGAAAUGGAUUCAUGCAACUAGAACCCAUCUGCUAAAGGAGAGAUGAUUAAAGUGCAACUUUAAUCUAAGCUCUCAAAAGAGAAACCAUGCUUACCUCAGCUGAAGGACAACCUUUUUAUCAUGUCUAGCUGUUAAAUGCAUUACUAUACAUAAAACUACAAGAAAGAAAGUUACAGAUGCACCUACAAGAUACUAGUAGACACUAGACUUGGGGUACACUAAAAAUCCAUUGUAUAGCAUCUCUGGUUGGUCAACCUGUUGGCUGUACAGCCAGAUGACAUCUCAUCUGUCCAAUAAAAGCAGCGGACUCUAGCUCUUUUACGCAAUGUGUCCAUCAAAUACUAUAGUGUAUAUGUUAAGGUAGCACCAGUAGAGGCUAUUUAUUAGGAGACUACUGAAUUGAUUGAUAUUAAUAACUUUUCACUAUUUAUUGAUUGAUUCAUGAUUUCAUUAAUCUAUCUCAUUAUCAAAUGGCUCACUGAUAAUAAAUAAACACAUCUUCUUGGUAAUGCUUUAUUUAUUUAUUUUUUUGCUUUGUGCUCUUAGAGAUGGAAAUCCACAUUAAUUCUUUCCUACAUCAAGCCAAAUUCAAAUAUAUGGAGGAAAGCAAAGCACAGGCUUCGCAAUACAUAUUACAGAAAAUAAUCAGUUAACAGCAGAAAUCGUUAAGUUUCAGACAUUAUUAAAUGUAUUCAUGCAUAUGUAUACCUCUGUGUUGGAUAUAUCAUAAUCAGUUAAACAAGUGACUAUUGGUUUAAAAUUGCACAUGACCAUUUCCUGAAGGGCAAAAGGGAAGCUCUUAUUGUGAAGUAACCGGAAAUGUGUGGGGAUUUUGAGGGGUGUGAAUGGUGUGGUGGAAAAAAAUGGCGGUCGCUAAUAAAGUUGUGAUCGAUUAA